AUGAGUGGCGCUAUAAGCAAGCUCAGCUGGGAAAAAGCAAACGACUUCAACGAUGUUGAUACGGAGAAGUGGUAUCCGCAAGGUAUUUCUUCAACCGCAGAUGCCGCCGAAGUUGGAACCUACGAUGGCAAAGACGGCUGGCUAGUCAGCUGGUACAGCGACGAGAGUCACCAAGUGCGCAUCUCCUUUGUGAAUAGAGCCACCAAGAAGUACCGCCAUGCAUUGCUGGUUAGUCCUUCGGCCGACGACGACUUUGGAGGCGUGGGCACUCACGCAGGCGGUAUUAUGUGGUAUCGUGAUACUCUCUGGGUAGUCGAUACAUCCAAUCGCAUUCGUGUUCUCCACAUGACCAACGUCUGGGAGGUUGGGUCUGGUGACAAGGUCGGCAAGAUCAGUGCUGGGAAAUACUCCGCAGCAGGAUAUAAAUAUGUAAUUCCUCAGAUCAGGUGGUAUAAAUGGACCCCUUCUUUCUCAUUCCGAUUCUCUUAUAUUUCUCUUGAUCGCACUGCCUCUCCCGAUCGUCUCAUGGUUGGAGAGUAUCAGCCCGACGAGAAGAAACCCAUCCGAAUGACCGGAGCAGACAAGACGGCUAUGGGAGUUUGGGCAUCCUGCUACGACAUCCUGCGAACACAGGGUGCCAUGCAAGCCAAUGGCAAAAUCUACGUAUCUCGAAGCAAUGGCGCCAAUACGAAUGGUGACAUUUGGGGAUGGAUUCCAGGAAAGGGCGCUGCAAUUAAUAAAGGCGUAGUUCCUCGCAGACCUGAGGAUUUGAGUUAUGAUAAGAAGGGCUAA